AUGAUUUGUGAAAAUCACACUAGAGUCACUGAAUUUAUUCUUCUGGGUUUUACAAACAAUUCUGAGAUGCAAGUUUCCCUCUUUAUUUUGUUCUUGGCUAUCUAUACAGUCACUUUGUUGGGCAACUUUCUUAUUGUCACAGUUACCACUGUGGAUCCUGCUCUUCAAACACCCAUGUACUUCUUUCUCCGAAAUCUAUCACUUCUUGAAGUCUGUUUCACUUUGGUCAUGGUGCCAAAGAUGCUGGUAGACCUAGUGUCCCCAAGAAAAAUCAUCUCAUUUUUGGCCUGUGGUACCCAAAUGUAUUUCUUUUUUUUCUUUGGCAGCUCUGAAUGUUUCCUUCUCUCUAUGAUGGCUUACGAUCGCUUCGUGGCCAUCUGUAACCCUCUCCGUUAUUCAGUAAUAAUGAACAGGCCCCUCUGUUUGUGGAUGGCAGUGGGCUCCUGGAUGUCCGGUGUUCCUGUGUCCAUGCUACAGACAGCUUGGAUGAUGGCCCUUCCUUUCUGUGGACCAAACGCCAUAGACCAUUUUUUUUGUGAUGGUCCUCCAGUGCUGAAACUAGUCACCGAGGAUACAACCAUGUAUGAGAUACAAGCACUUGCCUCCACGCUACUAUUUAUCAUGUUUCCCUUUUCCCUCAUUUUAGUCUCCUACUCUCGUAUCAUCAUCACCAUUCUGAAGAUGCCUUCUGCUACAGGUCGCCAGAAGGCAUUCUCUACUUGUUCAUCACACCUUAUUGUGGUAUCCCUCUUCUAUGGGACAGCCAGCCUGACCUACCUGCGACCCAAAUCCAAUCAGUCCCCAGAGAGCAAGAAGCUAGUGUCAUUGUCCUACACUGUCAUCACACCUAUGUUAAACCCCAUCAUCUACAGUCUAAGGAACAAUGAAGUCAAAGGUGCAGUAAAAAGAACAAUCACACGAAAAGUCUGGCAGAAGUUAAAUAUAUUUUGA